AUGAACGAUGUGGCCGCCACGAAGUCUGAUGUUGACACGCAGCCUUUCCGCUUCUUCGACCUGCCUUCCGAACUGCGCCUGCGUGUGUACGAGCUCUGUCUCAUCUUCCCCAAGACGAUAGAUCUCGACCCGACAAAUUCUCGCACCAUUGCCCCACACCUCCGCCUACUCCGCGUGAGCCGCCGUAUGCACGACGAGGCCUCGCGGGUCUUUUACGGCGCGAACACGUUUCGAUUGUUCCCUAUCCACGGCAGCUACAUCAACAAGAAAUACCCGCUACUCGCAUGGCUACCUCGUAGGCACCGUGCUCUCAUAACGAGACUGGAGUUACGCCUCGGUCCGGGCUUCAAUAGGCCACCGAAGGCAUGGGUAGUGGACAAGCGUCUUGGGCUCCCAGCGGCGACCAAGGUUUACAAGCUCAAGAUCUUCGUCGAGAUUGACCCUGCGUCGAGCGACGUCUUCGAGGGCUUUAGGGUUGCCGCCGACUUCUUCACCGAAUUUUGCGUGAGCUUGCUGAGAAGCUUGUUCACCCAGGUGCCUUCGAUACACGAGGUCGAGUUCGACGCCUAUCCCAGCGUCUCAAAGUCGAGCCCGCUGCUAAAGGGCUUGUUGGAGGAGACGUCGUUAAAUCAGAAGCGCAUAACGUGGGGUCCUGAGAGGGGCUGGGACAAGAUUGUCGAGGUCGACCUAGCCAAUGUGCUGCAGAAGAUGGGUCUUGGGGCCCUCUAG